UUUCUCCUCUAGAACAGGAACUUGUUGGUGCUUUUUACACUGUGUGCUGUCGUCAGAGGAAACCAGUGGUUCUAAGAACCACCAAGUCUGCAAUGUCAACUAAAGACUCAAAGGAAUCCUCCACCAUUUCCUAUCAUACAUCUUGAGAGUUUUAGGGGUUUACACAAGGUCUUGGGCUCCCAGACCAGAAGGAUCAGGCUUAAAGGGUCUUCCCAGACUAGAUCCACAAGAAGCCAUCAGGACACGGGGAGUGCCACAAACUCUCCCAGUGUGGGGCACCCCAGACAUGUUCCAGCGGACUAGCAAAAUCUGACAAUCCAGGGUAGAGACCCUGAAGGUUCACCCAGCCCUGUGGGAGGAACAGGCCCACCCACACCCUCUAGCACCUGGUUGAGAGCUUCUUGACACUCUGACAAUGAAAUCCUGAUUCCUCCUCAUGGCAUGUUUCAGAGCCAUCUGCCAAAGUACCAUGGGAAGUUUGCCCAGCCGAAGGAGAACAAACCUACAUCUUCCUGGGCUCUCUGCCAGAGGCCAGAGAUCCGGGCUUUUACAGGAAGAACUCUUGACUGUUCCUGACCCUCCAGAUGAAAGCAAGGCUAUGGCUGUGGCUUUGGACAGUUUCCCAGCUGGGGAACAUGGGGAGCUGGUGCUGAGACUUGGGGAGCCGCUGACCAUCAUCUCUGACAACGGAGACUGGUGGAGAGUUAUGUCUGAAGCCACUAACCAGGAGUUCAGUAUUCCCAGCAGCCACGUGGCCAAAAUCUCUCAUGGCUGGCUCUAUGAAGGCCUGAAUCGAGAGAAAGCAGAGGAUCUUCUGCUUCUCCCCAGCAACCACGGAGGAUCCUUCCUGAUCCGGGAUAGUCAGACCAGGAGAGGUGCUUACUCCCUUUCAGUGAGGUUGAGCCGCCCUACCUCUCGGGAUGUAGUCAGACACUACAGGAUUCAUCGCUUGGAGAAUGGAUGGUUCUACAUUUCUCCCCGGUUCACCUUCCCCUCACUCCAAGCACUGGUGGACCAUUAUACAGAGAUGGCAGAUGAUCUCUGCUCCUUGCUUAAGGAGCCCUGUGCCUUUUAUCGAGUGGACCCGCUUCCUUCAAAGAACAUCCCACCACCAGUGUCUGUACAGAAACCAGCUCUCAACUGGGAAGAAGUAGACAGCUCACUCUUGUUCUCUGAGGUGUCCGCCUCAGGUGACACAAGUCCCAUUAGUGUGGGGCUCCGAGAGGCAAUUGGCACCUAUAUCAGCAUGACUGAGGAUCCAUCACUGGACAUCAGCGGCCAGAGAAGACACAAGAAGGGGAAUAAGGAUAAAGCACUUUGAAGAGAUUUUCCUAGUCUUUUCCUCUGCUGACUCUGGGGAGGUGAUAUGCAAGGACUCUCAGGGCAGAUCUUCCUUUAAGGACAUUUCCUUCUCCCAUUUGUCUUAGGCUGGUAAUGCCUCCCAAAAUGGGACCUAGGAUUUGCCCAGUCAGUACUCUGCAGCCUUUUCCUGGCCAUGGUUACUGGAAUAGUACCAAAGUCCAAGACAGAAGGGCUUGGGCCUUUCCCUGGGUGGAAUAGCCAGUAGCCAGUUCCCCACAGGGUUCCAGACUUGAGACAAAUACCAAAAAGGCUGUCUUAAAAUCACAGGGGACAAGUCUCAAUACAACUUAAAAACUGGCUCUGAUGUUAACGGUGAAAAUCUUCAGCUUCCUGGCCCUGUAACUUCUCCUACUCUGCAUCAGCAGAUGGGUGCUUUCCACAUCCUCCCUUCUGAGCUGCUCCAUCUGGCCUGUCCCUGCCCUUUUGGUCACCGUCCCAUCUUUGUGAGUCACCUAGCAUCUCUGCCUUGCUUCCUUCUCCCUCUGGGACAGUUUCCACCAGUGUCUUCUGAGAUGGGGGAGAUGGAGAUCUAGCACAGUCUUACCACAGGCUCUUCUGCCAUCUUGUGGGUAGAAAUGCAAUUGCUACUAUCUGAACCUUCAUCCAGGCUUUUGAAGGUCACUACUUCUAGGACUUCAUAACCUGAAGGCAAGAACCUGGCUUCUCAUUAAUCUAUUCUACCCAAAAGCUAGCCUGAAGCUCACAUUAGGAAUGUGCAGAUGAGAAAAAGGCAAGCAAACUGGGUUCCAAUCCUCCUCUUCCACUAACUGGCACUAUGACCCUAAGCAAGUCAUUUGUCUGAACUUCAGUUUCCUCCUGCAUAACAUGAAGGGCUGGAUAAAACAGUGCUUCUGUUCCCACUACAUAACACUUCAGAGAGAGGCCCGAAUGGAGGCAGAGGUCAAGUCAUCUGGGCAAUCUUGGGCCAGGAAUGCUUCCUGCAGACAUAAGUAGACCCCUUCUUGAAUAGCUACUUUGGUAGCUCCUCAAACUUUCAAUCAAGGCUUAGGAGAUCUGUUAAUAAGAUUCGAUUUAUUCAAGUUAUCUUAAAACAUUCUACAAUGGAAACUAUCAUUAGACAAGUACUGUAUUAUGAACCACAUACAUUCUGCCAUGCUUUGUCCAAGAACAACUCAAAACACCAUAAAAUGCCAUUUAUAUCUUUAAAA